AUGGGUUGCUUGAAAACUUGGAAUUCGAAUGGAACUACGACGGGGAAAUACUUGAAGAAAGAAGCACCUUCAGAUGUGCCAAUCAUCAACGUCUGGACCUCUACUAGAACUGUUGAUGCUUUGAAGAGCAAGUCCCAGGCUGCCAAGAAGCUCAGCGGGUCGACUCAAAGUUUGGAAGUAGUGUCCAACAUAAAACAUGGUGGCAAGCAGCAAAUUCAGCAGGGUUACGAGGGAAGGUACAUACCUGCCAGCGAAGUCAAAGCUGAGCAGCAACAACAACAACAGCAGCAGCAACAACAGCAGCAACAGAGUCAUUUGUCUGUCUCCUUUGAUGAGGCCUACGCUGAUUACGCCGAGGUAUCAGAGAGUGAUUCACUCUCACUGGCAAGAGGCUUGGGCCUUGAGGGGCAUAUUCUGAUGAAACCGGGGUCUGAGCAGUUCCCAGCCAACUCUCCUUUAUGCCACCAAAAUCCCCAGGCCAAUCCACUGAAACUCGUUCUGGUUGAUCCUGAUUCCCAGCUCAGCUCCAUGCAGGCAGCUGAACAACAACAACAGCAGCACAUUUAUCCACUUUAUCUCUCUGCUUCGGCACGUGAACAGCAGCAACAGUUGUUGGUCUUGCAGCAACAGUUGGCCCAGUGAGGCUCAGCGUCCAACAGCAUCAACAACAACAACUCCACCACCAACAGCAACAGCAACAA